AUGGAUUCGGGUAUGCUCGACACGAAAACUGUCGAGGAAAUGGAGGAGUAUAUGGACGAACUCGGAAUGCGAUUCGAAUACUCAUGCAAGAAGGAACGUGAUCCACUUGCCUGUCAUUCAUUUGCCCAGUGGCUAGAAACUUACAAGCGAUUGCCUAAAGAAUGCGCUGAUGUGCUCAAAGACAAUUGUUUUGAUUUGAAAUACGGCCAAAGUUGCUUCAAGUACGGUUACCUCCGAUUAUUCGGCAGAAAUGAUCUGUAUCGUGAUCCUCUCGCUGCGUUCCAAGCCUUUGAGUUUGGAUGCAAGUCAACCGAUCAUAGCAAAUGCUGUCAGGCUGCUGGUCGUUUAGUUGCGGAAGGGAUUGCCAGUCACGCGCCAACAUUGACCACCGCCACACCCCUGUUCGAGCGUGGAUGUAAACUGGGAUUACCGGAAAGCUGCUUUCAUUUGGGNCAUUUGGGCGGUGCAUCACUUACUUUGGCCAUGAAGAAAGAACAAGAGAACGCAAACACCACCUCGUCAACCAUCCUUCAGUCGGCUGCCGAUCUUCGGGCUAAGGCUUUGGAAGCCUGGUUAGAAGGAUGCAAAUUGGGUCAUGAAUUAUCCUGCCGAAAUGUGGCGCGAAUGUAUUCUCUGGGCGACGGAGUCACCGCGGAUCCGGUCAAAUCGAAGGAGUACUUAGACCGGGCAGAACGUGUGGCCGCGGAGAAGAUGAAAAGUGCUGCAGCCGAAACCUGA